AUGAUUCAUGGAGACUUGGACUCGUUACGCGAUGAUGUGCGUGACUACUACGAAGCACGAGGUGUUCCUGUGCUACGCGAUGGUGACCAAUACAGCACAGACUUUGGGAAAUGCAUGAAGAAAAUCUCGUCGCGUCUUACUUCCUCAAUGGUUCGGGAUGUGAUAGUCCUUGGUACCCUCGGUGGGAGGGUUGAUCAGGGCCUUGGGCUCCUGAACGAGAUAUACAGAGAAGAGAAUCGACAUGCCGACCUUCGCCUAUGGCUGUUCUCCGAGUGCAGCCUGAGCUUCAUACUUCGGAGUAGGGAGACUCUGCUGAGAGGGCUACAGGAAGAUGGUGUCUUUACUGAGAAUGUAGGGUUUCUUCCCAUAUACGGACCGGCGAUCAUCUCUACCGAAGGUCUGGAAUGGGAUGUCAAGGAGUGGCCUACGCAGAUGAACGGCGGUCAGCUCAGUACGAGCAACCACGUCAAAGCCAACGAUGUGAGGGUUGGAACGGACGUGCCGAUAUUGUUCACGAUAGAAAGAGCGCCUUUGUGA